CUUUUUUCUCUCCAAUUACUCUCUCUCUCUCUCUCUCUCUCUCAAAAUGUUGGGCAAAGUCUCUUCUUCAAAAUUUUAUAGCGUCUUCUUCUUCUUCUGGCUCAUAUUGUUGAUGUUCAUCAUACUCCAACCAAUAACAUCAGCAAGAAAACUAGCUAGCAAUGGACAACGCAAGGUUGAGGUGCAUGGAAGCCCCACACCUACGGCACAUUCAGCAAUAGGCGGCGGCGGCAGCGGUGGCGGCGGCGGCCAUAGUUCUCCUACACCGGUGACCAAACGACCGAUGCUAUCGUAUUCAGCACUUAAUAGAAGAUCUGCUGUUUGCAAAACCACUGCUACGUACAGCAGUUGCCUCCGUGGUCCUAAUGGGUCACGUCGUCCUAAUGGGUCACGUUUAUCACCGCCGCAUUAAUGACUCCAUUUGUUAAAAUAGUUUAUAAAUUAUAACUUAAUAAAUUAUAAAUUAUAAUUUUAAUUAAAAAUUGUUAAUCUG